CUUUUGUACUUCAAUGUUGAAGAGUUCAUUUAGGAGAAAAAUAAUAGGAUGUCUUAGCAAUGUUUUUAUCGUUGUUAAUAACAGAUUUUACAAAUUCUGUGAUGAAUAGGUAUGCAGAAAAGAUAAAAAAAAAGAUUUAAGUAUUUUGACGGAAUUUAGAAAUCGUGACAUUUCAUGAAUCAUUAUUAUUUUGGACAUUAAUCCGGCACUAUGAAGUUAUUAUUGAUCUGAGAGCACAUGUUGCAUUGGGACUAUCGAAUUUAAAAAAAAAAGGAAAUAAUGACCAAGAAAAAUCUUAGGUGAUCCUGGUGCAGUACAAUGCUACAGACCACAUGGAUAGCGCUCAUUUUGGGUUUUUGGUCAUCUCUUUAUCUCCUGGAUGCAUAUUUGAAGAGUCACAAGACAUACAGCAGGCAUUACUUUAAGUUCCUUGAGCGGACUGGGUUCUCGAUCUCGAUAUGUCAGUGCCGCUGGUACUCCACUCUCUUCAAUCGGAGCUUUGUGAGGAUAGGUCAAUGGAGGCCCCGAUUGUUACGCCUGUGGUUCACGGUUGGAGUCCUGUUUGGAUUGGUGGCAAUGCUAUUGUCUGUCUGUCUGCUGACUCUCCUGGUCAUCAACACGCUCCGUAAGGAACCAGUGGAGCAGCAAGUCCUCACCCCGGUGAUGCCGGGGGUAAACCUCCCCACCAGUCAUCUGUCCUACUACCUACUUACCCUGCUGGUCUGUGGAAUCCUGCAUGAAAUGGGUCAUGCCAUCGCUGCUGUCAGGGAAAAUGUGCGAGUGAAUGGCUUUGGACUGUUCCUUUUAAUUCUGUACCCUGGAGCCUAUGUCGACCUGUCUUCAGAACAUCUCCAAGUUGUCUCCCCUUUACGACAGUUGCGGAUCUAUUGCGCUGGAGUCUGGCACAAUUUUGUCAUUGUCAUCUUUGCGUUAAUCGUCAUCUUCAUCCUUCCCAUCCUCCUCAUUCCGUUCUACUCCACAGGAAGUGCCGUCGUCAUCACACAAGUGUCGGAGAAUUCUGCAGUGUCUGGGCCCCGGGGGCUAGCUGUGGGGGACCCGGUCACCAGCAUCAGUGGCUGUAGGGUGACCGACAUCGAGGACUGGCAUGCAUGCGUGACCCACAGCAUCAAGGAGGAGUCCAUUGGACACUGCCUGUCCAGGGAGAAAAUCUCCGAACUGGACGCCACACCCAAAAACCUGACUGAUGUAGCUAAAGCGGUCGACUGCUGUAAUAGUACCAGUAGUACACACCUCUGCUUCAAGUACCACAUCAAAAGCAAGUCCCAGGAUAAAUACGCCUGCCUUCCUGCGAGAAUGACAACAGAUCGACCCAUGUGUAAAUAUCAGAGUGACUGUUACAUUCCAAAGGCUGACAUGGUCUGUGUAUACCCCGCCCUGGACAACUUGACCAAACUUCUACAGGUGUUCCACGGCCGCAAACCCCCGCUACUCUUCCUGGGCCACCCCCUGGAUCUUCAUUACUCAGUGGUGCUGAGUAACUAUGUUCCUAAAUCUUCCAUAAUUCCUCUCAAUCUACCUUAUGUCCUGGAGACAUUCAGCAAAUACCUAAUUUCCCUGUCUGGGGCUCUGGUCAUCCUGAAUGUGGUGCCGUGUUACGCCUUGGACGGACAGUGGAUCUGCCACUCCUUCAUUGAGCUGAGUCUGACAUCAGUCAUUCCGGACCGUGAGAUACGGGGACUCAUAUACUCUGUGAUAAUCUUGUACGGGACUGCUUUACUCUUAGUCAAUGUGAUCCUGGCCAUGUGGAUGUUGUUUACGUGAUAAAGGGUGUGUGCAUGUGUGUGUUUGUGUGUAUGUAUGUGUGUGUGAGUGUGUGUGAGAGAGAGAGAGAGAGAGAGAGAGAGAAUAUAGCUGUGUUUGAACUACCGGGGUAUACUUUUUUUGUAAAAAUGUGUUGAGUAGAAUAAAUCGGCUCGUGUUCAGCAAACGAUUCAUGAAUAGAUUAUUUUUUAUGUAAUGUUUUUGUCACAAGGGAAAAACAGAGAUGUCUGACCAAUCACAUAAAUUAUGAAAUACAUAUAGGGACAUGUAUAUGGGUGGGGAUAUGUUAUAUUUAUACAUGUUUGUUGGUUACAAUGUGUUGAGUCUACAGUUGAGUUUCUGUUUAUAUGUUGUCAACAAAUACCACACAUGUGAUGAAAAUUUAGUUGUUAUUGGUUUACAACUACCAUUUAAGAUGUAUAACACUUCUUGGGUCCAUAUGUAAUCUGUCUCUUUGUAGAAAUUUUUAAAACUUGUGUGGGUGCCAUUUUCUCUGUAGAUACGCUUAGUUGAUCUCAUGUAAAUGUUAGCAACAUGUUAACAUGUACACAGUUACAGUGAAACCAUUCAAUCUACACUUGGAUGCACUGAAAAGAGAUGAGUUUUGUUGUGUUGGAAAGUAGACAGUGUUGAAGAAGUACCGGUAGGCAUUGUUGAAUGUUUCUAAUGAAUUUAUAAAUUUUGGAACUGGAAAUGAAAUGGAAAUGGACAGCAUAGCAAAUCUCUAGUGUUGGUAUAGGAUGGUUUCUCUAACUGUAAUAGUUGUAACAUAUCAAAUUGAUAUGGAUUAUGACUUGUGAUCUUUGUUUAUUAAAUCAAACAUUUGAUAGGAUCAUUGAAUCAUUGAAGAAAAUAUUGUUCACACUUCUUUAUCCAUCUUGUGCUGUAAAUCAUUACAUGUAUUUGCAGCAAAAUUUCAUUUUUUUUAUAUUGUUCACCAACUGCAUUGCUUAAUAUAGUUCAGAAUCUAUGAAUAUUUUGUAACUGAUAUAAAGGAUGUAUUUCAAAUCAUAUCUCACUGUAUGUUACCCAAAAUGGUUUAAAGGAUUCUGCACUGAAUUUUCCAUUUACAGCACAAAUUAAUCACUAUUCUAUUGAAAGACCCAUACUGAUAUUUUAAGAUACCAUAUUUAAUGUUCUAGUAUUUAAAAGACAAGGACUACCUUAUUUUCUUUCAUUAUUUGUAAGUGAUUAGUGUUUAUAUACAAUUAAAUUUAACAACAUGACCAGGAGAAUCUCACAAAUUGUACUACCUAUCAAAUUCUUGUUUUUAAUCCCCUAUGCCUGAUAUCUAGGGUCAAGCCACCUUAAAAAAUGUUAGCUUGCUCUCUCAUGACCAACUGAUCAAAAAGUACAAAACUCAAGGUAUUUUUAUAAACAACAUGUAAAUAUAUAUAAUUUGGUAAAUUAUUUUGCAUAUUAAUUAUCAAAUUUCAUUUGUGUGCAACUUUGAAAAAAAAGAAGAAAAUUGAUUUCCCUACCUACAUGCCAAUGUUUUAUAUACAGCAUCAGGAGAGCUGAGGCAAUCAGACAUUUUUUUUAAUGGAUGCCUCUCGAUCAAGCAAUUUUUUUUUUUCAUUUAAGAGAUAAGCCAAAAUGUAUAAAAGAAUAUCCUCUAUUCACUGAGCACUUUUAGAUAACUUCUUAAAUUUACUCUUAGAAAAAUAUUUUUUUUAAUGAAAAAAAUUAGUUGUUGUUGAAUUGGAGUUAUCUCUCCUUUAAUCUCAUUUGUAUACAUGUAUUAAUUUAUCUUUCAAUGCACUAUAACACAUUGACAGAUUUAUUUCUGUAAAUUCUUUAGUUAUAACAACAAUAAAUGCAAUAUAUGAUGUAAUGAAAAAUAUCUAUGAAAUGAACUACUCUAUUGUUGGUGCAAGUGCCCUUUAUACAUGUAAUACAUGUAAUGGAGAUAGCAACUUGUAAGCAUUAUAAAGAAACCUUGUGAUAAAAAACUGCAAUAAUUGCUACUGAAAAAUAAAAGAUGUACAAACUA